GUUAGAUUAUUACACCAGGGAACUCAUUUGUUAAUUUAGCAAUUCCUUCACCAAGCACAAACUGUGUAUGCUGGAAAUGUGAAAAGAGAAUGAAUAGAGAAAGAGGAGGGGCAAGUGAUUACGAGACAGAGAUGCUUUCCAAAGCUGCUUUCUGAAGCAGAAUGUGGAGGGGAAAGGGACAACGAGAAACAGGGCCAGAAAGACAGCUGGACUGAGGGUUGGAUAUUGAUGGUAAUGUAAGUAAUAAUCACAAUGGAAGCAGGAAGCAUGGAUACUCUCAACGUCCCACAGGAUAAGAUUGUAAAAAAGGGAUCAAUUAAAAACAAGGUUGAGAAACUGAGGAGAUGGAGCACCGCCCCAGGUGGGAGCUUCCAACACCCGUCCAAAAUGAAGACCCUCAGCUUGAGGUCACCCACAGAGGCAGAAGAAGACCUACGUAAUGACGAGACUGAGCGGAGGAAACUCAGACCUAUGGUGGCGUCUGUUUUUGGUCAGGACAGAGAUCUAAGGCCAGAAGAAAUUGAAGAGCUGAAGGAAGCCUUCAAGGAGUUUGACAGGGAUAAGGACGGCUUCAUCACCUGUAAAGAUUUGGGCGAGUGCAUGAGGACAAUGGGAUACAUGCCUACAGAGAUGGAGCUGAUUGAGCUCAGUCAGCAAAUAUGUGGAGGCCGAGUGGACUUUGAUGAUUUUGUGGAACUAAUGGGGCCUAAAAUGUUGGCUGAGACAGCAGAUAUGAUUGGAGUGAAGGAACUGAGAGAUGCUUUUAGAGAGUUUGACUCUAAUGGUGAUGGUCAGAUUAGUCUGGCAGAGUUGAGGGAGGCCAUGAAGAAGCUGAUGGGUCAGCAGCUGAACCAAAGAGAGAUUGAUGAGAUCCUCAGAGACGUGGACCUGAAUGGAGAUGGCUUGGUCGAUUUUGAGGAGUUUGUGCGGAUGAUGUCUCGCUAAACCCACAAGUAAACAACAAAGACCAAUAAAUCUGUUAAAUCCUGCUAUGAAGAGAGAAAUAUUGCCCGUCUAAAAGAAAAUAACCUAAUGUAGUAUAUCUCAUAA